CCCAUCAUAUAAACAACAGUUCAUCACUACAAACUGCUGCCUGUAUUUCGCUAGAGCUCGAAGCCGCCGAAGUUUGAUUUGCUCUCCCUUUGCACCGUCGCACGCAUUUUCUACUUCAGGUGCUCCUUUCAUCUAUCUUCUCGCAGUCGCUGUUGAUUUCAAUCUUUGUUCUUUCUCAAUUUCUUUUUGCUCUUAGUAGCAAAAAUGGCGUACCCAAUGAAGCCAACAAAGCCGGGAGUGGAGGAAUCACAAGAACCCACUCACAAGAUUAGAAUUACCCUUUCUUCGAAGGAUGUUAAGAAUCUCGAGAAAGUUUGUGCUGAUCUUGUGCGGGGUGCAAAGGACAAACACCUGAGGGUCAAGGGACCUGUCAGGAUGCCAACCAAGGUUCUGAAGAUUACAACUAGGAAGUCUCCUUGUGGUGAAGGAACCAACACCUUUGACAGAUUCGAGUUACGUGUUCACAAGAGAGUAAUUGACCUCUUCAGCUCCCCAGAUGUGGUCAAGCAGAUUACUUCCAUCACCAUUGAACCUGGCGUUGAGGUUGAGGUUACUAUAGCGGACUCUUAGACAUGCCAACUGUGGUUGGGAUGUUGGUAGUCCCGUUUGGUGUUAUCUUACUGAGAAUUUUGGGGAUAGUAAUUGUUUGUUUUGAGAGCUUUCUUCUCUUUUAUCUAAGAGCACAAGACUUGUUAUUUGUUAAUGUUUUAUCAGUAGGACUUAUCAAUUUGAGUGACGUUAUAAAUUUUUUGGGUUCGGCUGGUGGUUCAUGAUUGUAUUUACGAAUGCCAGAAAUUUCAGUAGUUUUCUUGGUUAUCCUAAA